UCUUCAAAUCCCGAUCUCUGAUCGUUUCUUUUGUUUCGAAGGUUGGUAGUGGGCAACAAUGGCGGAAGUUCAGAUGGGAGAAACAGAAACUUUUGCCUUCCAAGCAGAAAUCAACCAGCUUCUCAGCUUGAUUAUCAACACCUUCUACAGCAACAAGGAGAUAUUUCUCCGGGAGCUCAUUAGCAAUUCCUCUGAUGCGUUGGAUAAGAUCAGAUUUGAAAGCUUGACGGAUAAGAGCAAACUCGAUGCACAGCCGGAACUUUUCAUCAGGCUUGUUCCUGAUAAAGUUAACAAAACCUUAACGAUUAUUGACAGUGGUAUUGGGAUGACCAAAGCUGAUUUGGUGAACAAUUUGGGGACAAUCGCUAGGUCUGGGACCAAAGAGUUCAUGGAGGCCCUCCAGGCUGGGGCUGAUGUGAGCAUGAUUGGACAAUUCGGUGUGGGUUUCUAUUCGGCUUACCUCGUUGCGGAGAAAGUGAUUGUAACUAGCAAGCACAAUGACGACGAGCAGUACAUAUGGGAGUCGCAAGCCGGUGGCUCAUUCACCGUUACUCUUGAUCCUAAUGGAGAGCAGCUGGGAAGGGGAACAAAAAUUACGCUCUACUUGAAGGAAGACCAGAUGGAAUACUUGGAAGAGAGAAGAAUAAAGGAUCUUGUGAAGAAGCACUCCGAAUUCAUCAGCUAUCCUAUCUAUCUCUGGUCUGAGAAGACCACGGAGAAGGAGGUAAGUGAUGACGAAGAUGAGGAGGCCAAGAAAGAAGAAGAGGGUGAUGUUGAGGAAGUAGACGAGGAGAAGGAGACUAAAUCCAAGAAGAAGAAGGUCAAGGAGGUGUCCCAUGAGUGGGAGCUAAUCAACAAGCAGAAACCCAUCUGGCUGCGCAAGCCUGAGGAGAUCACCAAGGAUGAGUAUGCUUCUUUCUACAAGAGCCUGACCAACGACUGGGAGGAGCAUCUUGCUGUGAAGCACUUCUCUGUAGAAGGGCAGCUUGAAUUCAAGGCUAUUCUCUUUGUGCCAAAGAGGGCUCCAUUUGACUUGUUUGACACCAGGAAGAAGAUGAACAACAUCAAGCUCUACGUCCGGAGGGUCUUCAUAAUGGACAACUGCGAGGAGUUGAUCCCUGAUUACCUUGGAUUUGUAAAGGGUGUUGUGGACUCAGAUGAUCUCCCACUUAACAUCUCUCGUGAGACGCUUCAGCAGAACAAAAUUCUUAAGGUUAUCAGGAAGAACCUUGUGAAGAAGUGUAUCGAGAUGUUCACUGAGAUCUCCGAGAACAAGGAGGAUUACGGCAAGUUUUAUGAGGCAUUCUCGAAGAACCUAAAGCUGGGUAUUCACGAGGACAGCCAGAACAGGACCAAGAUAGCUGAUCUGCUCAGGUACCAUUCAACCAAGAGUGGUGAUGAUGUGACUAGUUUGAAGGACUAUGUUACCAGGAUGAAGGAGGGCCAGAAGGACAUCUUUUACAUUACUGGUGAGAGCAAGAAGGCCGUUGAGAAUUCCCCAUUCCUGGAGCGGCUAAAGAAGAAGGGCUAUGAAGUUCUGUUCAUGGUUGAUGCCAUAGAUGAGUAUGCUGUGGGGCAAUUGAAAGAAUAUGACGGGAAGAAGCUUGUCUCUGCAACCAAGGAAGGUCUGACGCUAGAUGAUGAGACGGAGGAAGAGAAGAAACAGAAAGAAGAGAAGAAGAAGUCCUUUGAGAAUCUGUGCAAGACCAUCAAGGAUAUUUUGGGUGACAAGGUGGAGAAGGUGCUUGUCUCUGACAGAAUUGUUGAUUCUCCUUGCUGCCUGGUGACAGGAGAAUAUGGAUGGACAGCAAACAUGGAGAGGAUCAUGAAGGCGCAGGCUCUGAGGGACAGCAGCAUGGGUUCUUAUAUGUCCAGCAAGAAGACCAUGGAGAUCAACCCUGACAAUGGCAUUAUGGAGGAGCUGAGGAAGAGAGCUGAAGUUGAUAAGAACGACAAGUCGAUCAAAGACUUGGUCUUGCUGCUCUUUGAAACUUCCCUUUUGAACUCUGGGUUCAGCUUGGAUGAUCCCAACACCUUCGCCACUAGAAUUCACAGGAUGCUUAAGUUGGGUCUGAGCAUUGAUGAGGAUGAAGCAGGCGGUGAAGAAUCUGAUAUGCCUGCUCUCGAGGAAGACGCAAAUGAGGAGAGCAAGAUGGAGGAAGUUGAUUAGA